ACGAAGCUCGCCACGCCGUUGCCAAGUGGUGGGUGGAGCGUCGGUGCGAUCCACUAGCGACCAUUUUUCCACUUUACAUGAUCCUUCGAAGCAGACUGCGCUGCACUUAUGUGGUCUUGAAUUGGCCCUUCCACUGACUGCUGUGAAGAAAUCGCUUCUACAGAGCUUCUAAACGCUGUUUUCGACGUAUUUUGCUUUCUCAAUUGGAGGUUUGUUGUUUUGUGGGUUAUAUAUAUGAGGCCGAGAAUUUUGAGGGUUUGUGUUGAUGCGCUUGUGUUGGAAUUGGGGAUUUGAGAAAGCCUGCAUGCAGUGUAUUUCGCCGGAGUUGAAAAAAUUCGGGUCGUAGGGGUGUGUGUUGGCAGCCUGGGGAGUUUUUAGGGUUUUUUUUUUUUUUUUUUUUUUUUUUUUUUUUGGUGGGAUGAUUAGCGCUGCCGGGGUCGCAAGCAGGUCACUGGUUUUCUGGAGUGGAGAUCAGGUUCGAGAGGUGACCCGUGUGUCUCAGCUUUCAAGGUUUGUUGUUUCCAACGGUAGGACACAAAACGUUGAUCGAGGCAAGUUAGGGAGAACGGUUCUUAUCGCCAGCAUGUCGGAUGCUUCACAGAGCACUGCAUCUCAGAUAAAAGCAGUAAAUGUUGUCAUCAAAGGCACUGUACAGGGUGUUUUCUACCGGAAGUGGACGGUCGAUGCUGCUCGAAAGCUCGGCUUGAAUGGAUGGGUGCGCAACUGCCGAGAUGGUUCUGUAGAGGCUGUCUUUGCAGGGCCACCUAGUGCUGUGGACUCUAUGAUUCAGCAAUGCCAUUCGGGGCCUUCAUCUGCCAGAGUUUCGUCUGUUGACGUGUCUCAAUGGGAUAAUGAAGUCCCACAAGGCUUUGAGAAAAAGCCGACAUGGUGAUUGAUUUACAACAAAAAAACGGAAAUUUGUCACAAUUGCUUUGUAUUGGAUCGAAGAGGCUCUCGUUAUUAGUCAUGCGCAAGGGACUCAAUAUUAUGAACAUGCAUCUAUCGGUCAUUUGUUCCGUUUGUGCACUCUUCUGGAGGUGCCACUUACAAUCCCGCAUUGGUAAAAUUCGAGGCUCUGUCAAAUGCUGCCCAUUUUAAUUACUUCUGCUUCUUUUUUGAAUUAUCGUAAUCCUAGGUAGUAAUGAAAUUAGCUGUCCAUUUUAACCAUAACUAAAAUGCCAUGUAAGUUUAUGUAGGGCGUACACAUGAAUUUAUAGUCAUUGACUGAAGGAAAAUGCAGUUCAUAUGUAAUAUAAUCGGAUCACCGCAGCGUUGCAGAACUGCACCAGAAUUUCUUCGA